GCGGCGGCGGCGGUGGCGGCGACGGCGAUUGUUGACAGGUGGGGCGAUCUUGAGGUAUACCGAUGUUGAGCGGUGCUAGUCGCGUGUGUACGUUGGUCGCGUGGUGACCUCCGAGAAGAAACGAAAACGAAAACGAAAACGAAAGCGAUCGUGUAUCGAGUUGACAUUAUUCGCGAAAUCGAUCGAUCCCGACCGGUGGCAGAAACGAACACGUAUUGUCGUCGAGGAUGUCAAGGUGGUAGUGGUGCAUUGGAGAAAUGUGGAAUAACGCGUGGUGCUUGUACCAUCUGUUCAAGGGCGGCGUUUAAUUUCGAAGAACACGCGAUCGCCUUUCUAUUUAUCGAGCACGUGUUCAUCGGCACGUGGUUGCUCCAAGUCUCCAAGAAGGAAACGUGAACCGAUUUAUGGAAUCACGCGACAACCGUAACCAUUCAAAGAUGGUCUGCAUCAUAAGAUGCUAGUGUGAGAAAGAAAUGGAGACACUUUACACGGGUGCGAUCCACGGGUUUCCCCAAUCGAACGGUGGACUCGGCAAUGGAAUUUCCACGGGUAUUGGCAACUCGUUCGAUCAGGAUGGCGUUUUGAGUUUGAUCGUCGUUCUGGGCGGAAGUUUGUCCCUGGUUGCUCUGGUAUUCGCCUUUAUCACCUAUAGCUUGUUCUCGGACUUGAGAAGCCUGGCAGGUACGACCCUUAUGAAUCUUUUGGCAGCCCUCUUCAUGGUUCAACUGCUCUUCAUCGUUGGAGUGGGUGGCGUUCAGGACUCGGAGCUCUGCAUUUCCCUGGGGUUGAGCUUACAGUAUCUUCGAAUGACGGUGGUUUGUUGGCUGGCUGCAAUGUGUCAUCACCUUUAUGCCACCGUUGCUUCGAUACCACGCCGUGACGACCCACCGACCUACCUGAAAUAUAGCCUCUUCGCUUGGGGUGCUCCUUUUCUCAAUCUUGUCUUGGCUACUUUUCUGCAGAUAUACCAGGUGAAUGACAUCUGGAAUAUCAGGGAUCUGACACCCUUCAAUUGCUGGUUUCUGGGAACUACAGCGACGAUUUAUGCAUACGGUUUACCAGUGGUUCUUCUGCUUCUUUCCGCAGGAUACUAUCUGAUAAAAGCUGCGAUCGUGUCUAGAUACACAUGCAGCAUGCAGCUGGAAAUUAAACAACGCGAAAAAAUGAAGAGAAGAAGAGCGCUGCAGUUGAUACUGUUUUUAAAAGUGAGCAUGAUAAUAGGUCUGGUCGCUGGUUGCGGGGUCGCGUCCAGAAUAUGGAAAGUACCUUUCCUAUGGGCGGUAUUUUGCACCGGUCACUCUCUUCAGGGUCUAGCCGUGGCGUUAUCCGUCGCGUGCAACUGCAGAGUGCUGAAAGUUUACGCGAGGAAGUCUUAUAGGCAACCGAAACAACAGAUCGCUCAUUCGAGUAGCAGCAUGCAGCUGCUCGCCCCUGCUCCAGACCCAGUCUAGGUCCACCUACAACUGGAUCACUUUCUUCUCGUCGAUGAAAAUGGAAGAAGAAAAAAAAAGAAUAGAAAAUAGAUACACUACUGGUGGCGACAGUAUCCUAAGAUUUCGAUUCGUUUUAGGUGAGCAUAGAGAUCUAGAAACGCGAAUAGGAAAUAUUCGAAUCGAAGAUAUUCGCGUCAACAUAUCAUCGCUAAUCUCUCACGAUUCUUCAAUGAUAAUUUCCCCACCACGUAACAUGCCAGACCGUGAACUAACGGUUAGGAAUAUUAAUAUUCCUAAUAUGAUAACCUUCCUACAUCUUCUUUUUCAUUAUUUCAGCGUUACAUCGCUUUCAUAUAGCCUAGCUUACACUGAUAGAAUAAGCGGUAAAGUAUACUCAUUGUCAGCCCUAGGACAAAUGUUAGAUUGGUUUUCUCUGUGAUUACGUCUCUUCCAAAACCCAGCUAAAUUGGUAUAAAACGCAAUAGUAGAAAAACCGGCUGUCUGAUCGGUUACAAUAUAUGUACAUAUUACCAGUGUUGGUACACUUUACCACUUAUACUGUACCAAUUUAAUCUGGGCUUAAUACUUUUUUACAACUACGACAACAGGAAAGUGCAAACUUAAUACAAGUUUCUUGACCAAACCAGUUGGUAUAAAUUUGAAGAAAGACUAGGGAAUAGAUAUAUUGUAGAAACGAAAGAGCGGAAAUGGAACGUGUCGAGUACAUAUAUUUAAGUAUUAUACGUGUACGUAUGUACGUAUGUACAUAUGUACAUAUGUAUAUCGAUCGAACGCGAAAGGAAUCCACGUACGCUGCGUGUUGGAGAGUGUACGUUUCUCGCGGUUUGUGGCUGGCAUUCCCCACUACGAUGCAAUUAACGCUCGGUAAUGACCUAUGCGAUCGCAUUAGUACGCGUAACCGCUGGUACUCUGUAAGUGUAAGCGCAUGUAAUUACCACCAAAUAAAUAUUUUCAACUCCUA